CCAACAGCGCUGGUGGAGACAGAAGUUUCAGCUCUGUGCUUCACACACAGCCUGGACAGAAGACACCACACAGAUACGAUGCUGCUCCCAGCGAGCCUGCUGAUUGGUCUGCUCUGCCUGAGCCACGCGGGUGGCGUUUGGGCUUUUGCCCGUCUGCUGGACGACGCUGAGCUGCGUUCAGCUUUCUCUGUCGCUCGCACCACCAGCAUGCAAGGCGGGCCCAAGAUGACCGUGACCUUUGACGCUGUUUAUGUCAACAUCGGAGGAGAUUUUGACCCCAAGACGGGCUUGUUGCGCUGCCGUAUCCCCGGGGCCUACUACUUCUCCUUCACGGUGGGCAAGUUCCCUCACAAAGACCUGUCAGUGAUGCUGAUGAAGAACAGGAACGAGGUGCAGGCCAUCGUAUACGAGGAAAAUGCUGGAGAGGAGAGGAAGGUGCAGAGCCAGAGCGUCAUGCUGCAGCUGGAGUUCGGUGACACCGUCUGGCUACGCCUCCAUGGUGACCCCCGCUACGCGCUCUACAGCAACACCGGACACUACACCACCUUCAACGGAUACCUUGUCUACCCCGACACCUACGGCUACCAGACACACCCCCACCAACACCUUCCUGCCCAGCAAGACAGCGUCCCCCAUGUAGACAUCAACCAGGCCACAGAGCACAUCCAGCCUGGAACAAGAGACACGGCGGAGGAGAAGGAGCUGCAGCAUAGGGAGGAAGAAGAGGAGGACGAGGACGAGGAUGAAGAGGACGACCAGAGAUCUGCCUUCUCGGUGGGGCGCACCCAGAGCAUUGUGGGAGUAGACCAAGUGGGCAUGCCGCAGCACCAGCCGGUCAGCUUCGACACGGCGUUCGUCAACAUCGGAGAAGACUUUAACGUGACGGAGGGGGUGUUUACUUGCCGCGUUCCUGGGGCUUACUACUUCUCCUUCAACGUGGGCAAGCUGCCACAGAAGACGCUGUCCGUGAAGCUGAUGAAGAACCAUCUGGAGGUGCAGGCGAUGAUCUACGACGACAGCCAGGGCGAGAAAGCCCUACAGAGUCAGAGCUUGAUGCUAUCGCUGAAGCCAGGAGACACAGUGUGGCUCUACUCCCACCAGAGAGAUGGCUUUGGGGCCUACAGCAACCACGCCAAGUACAUCACCUUCACCGGCUUCCUGGUUUACCCAGACUUCCCAACCAGCACCACCACCACCACCACCAGCCAGUCAUACACAGACAAGAAACCCUAGCUGCAGCACAUGUGCUACAGACUGAACAUUGUGGGAGGAAUUCAUGUUAAGUGGAAAAGUCCACAAAAGGGCAGUUUUCUGAGGUGUGUGGAGAAUCUCCAUGAUGAAAUUUUCUUCCCGGUUGCCUUUGAAGCUUCCUCUUCAUAUGAAUUCCUUCACAAAGCCACAGAACUUGGACUGAGUGCAGAGCUUAAAUGAAAAUCCCAGGAUACGACUUCAUCGCACUCAGGCGUGGAACUUUGAACGACAGUAACGUGAACUAACUAAAUAUAUUCCACUCAGUCAUUACCUGCUCACCUCUGUGUCAGCCGAACUCUUGCAUAAAAUAGUUGGGCAGCGACAGUCAGCUCCCGUACUUCUGUCAUCAGGAUUCUUUUUAACAGCUCAAUAAACUAUUGAUUUCAGUAUUUUGCGCUGUGGUCCAAAAGUUGAUACACAAGCUCAUGGCGCAAUUCAGUGAGGCUUAUCAGGCUUAAAGAAAAUGGUGAUUAAAAAACUGAAUGCACGUCUUACUGUGGGAACUGGUAACUGUUCUCCAGUUUCGACUGACACGAAGGUGAGGUGGAGCUGAAGUGAAAUAUUUCAGUCAGUGCAUUUGUUCUCCUUGUCAAAAUCUUGGUGUUUCUGCUUGUAUGUGAAAAAAAAGUCACUUUACUUUCUGUAUGUCAUUUGAGGCAUGCGGAACGACGUGAACACAGUGUUUUGUGUCAUCUUGGAGUAUUUCUCGGCCUGACGCUCGGCCACAGCGGGAGCAGAGGACAACACGGCACAGUUUUGGGAGAGUGCAGACGGCGAAUCCAUCCCAACUGCUGACCACAUGACACCUCCGAGCCUGCGGGGAUCUGGACCAUAAUUUGAUUUUUCUAAUUCUAGCAGCGUUUAAUUCAUUUCUUCAGAUGGCGACCACUGUGGAGAAAAUUGAAUCGCUUCUCCCGGGCCACUGUAAUAUGCAUGUCUGUUUAAUUUCACACCGCCGGGAGAAAGACGACGCCGUUCAAAUCGCAAUGAACCUUGACUUUAUGAAAUCACCUUCUCUGGUGGAGAGUGAAGUGAUACUUCACUGUGAUGAAACAUUUUUUAUCAGAGUUAACUGGAUGUGAGUUUCUGAAAAGUUCUCGUAUAAACACAUCAGUGUGCUACAAACAGGCCUGUUUACCUUCUGAAAACCGAUUUAAAAGAUUAACUCAGCGAGAGAGAGGAAGUUGUUCGGGUAGUGGAUUUGCUCUGGGUUUCUUUUCUGCAUUUCCUCUUGCAGUCCGAAGACAUGCAGGUUUGGUUAAUCGGCAACUCUAAAACCUGCCCGUGUUUGUCUCUGUAUGUCUGCACGGGGAUGAAGUGGUGACUUGGCCGGUCUAACAUCAGCUGUAAUGGGCUCCAGCCACGACCUGCAAAGGAUAAGUCUUGACCGAUAAUGGAUGAAUCGGUUGGAGCAGUUUCAAA